GUCUGUCAUCCGGGCUGUAGCGGGAGAGGCGUGCGUGAUAGGACUAUGUCCAUGUCAUUUCGCCGUAGUUACAUGUCUAUUAUGCCUACUAUGUGGAAAUACUGAUUUUUCAUCAAAGCUAACCUAAAAGACAAAGAAAAAAAAGCCGGUUCAAUUUUAGAGAGCACCAUUUCAAAGAUGGAUCCCAUAACAAAGUGGACUUCUAAACAAGUUGUAGAUUGGAUAAGAGGCCUGGACGACAGCCUACAGCAGUAUGUCCCGUACUUUGAGCGUGAGAAGAUUGACGGGGAGCAGCUGUUGAAGAUCUCCCACCAGGACCUGCUAGAACUGGGUGUGACCAGGAUUGGACACCAGGAACUGGUGCUGGAGGCAGUCGACCUGCUCUGUGCUCUGAACUAUGGGGUGGAGACAGACAACCUGAAGACUCUGGUUGGUCGUAUGAGAGCGGCGUCCAACAACCUCCACAACUCAGCGUCGGAGCGCAGAAAGAACCCGUCGUACGAGGGCAAGAAGUCCCACAAACCCCCCAAUGACUUCCUCACUGCUGUGGUGGAGCUCAUCGGAGCAGCCAAGAGUCUACUGGCCUGGCUGGACAGGACUUCUCUGACGGGGAUCAGUGACUUCACCUCCACUAAGAACAGGAUCAUUCAGCUGUGUCUGGAACUCACCUCCACCGUUCAGAAGGACUGCACAGUUUAUGACAUGGAGGAGAAGAUUCUGGAAGUGUCUGUGGCUCUGAACGUGAUCAGUGAGCAGACGAUGAGGACGACCUCUGACCCCCAGAAGAGUCAGAUGGCCUGUCUGGAGGAGGUCCAUAUCACCAACAUCAGACCUAGGGAUGGACUGGGGUUGUAUAUCAAAUCCACCUAUGACGGGCUUCACAUCAUCACUGGAACCACAGAACAUUCUCCAGCAGACAGAACACACAGGAUCCACGCAGGAGACGAGGUCGUCCAGGUCAACAAGCAGACAGUG